UUUCUAUAAUAUAAUCUUGCUUUAAUUCAGUGAUCGGAGUUAUAUUAACCUAUUUUCGAAUGAUGUGGUAGAAUUCUACCCUUCGAUUUUCUGCUGUUAAAUUUGCACUUGUAGACACAUUGCAGCAUUUUUUUCUCACGUGCGAGCUAAUGGAAGUCUCUUUGAAGAUGUCAAAAACCUUGAUUUUACAAAUCUUUAUAGUUGUAAACAUUUUAAUGUGCACCGCACUUAGAUCAGCUGCUAGGGAAAAGAAAGCCAAAUGCCCAACGUGUAAAGACAUCGUAGAAGCUUUCAAGAAGGGAAAAGAAAAAACAGCAAAAGCUAACUUUGGUGGUGGAAACACAGAUUGGGAAGAGAGGAAACUUGGAAGCUAUGCAAACAGUGAAACCAGAUUAGUUGAAAUUAUGGAAGGACUUUGUGAAGAUAGUGCUUCAGAGUGCCAUGCAAUGGUUGAAGAACAAGAAGAAACAUUAGAGGAAUGGUGGUUUACCCACCAGUUUAAAAAUGAUGACAUGAAUACUUGGUUUUGCAUCGACAAGUUAAAAGUGUGCUGCCCUAAUGGUACUUAUGGCUCAGAUUGUAAAGAAUGUUCAGGAGGAAAAGAUACUCCUUGCAAUGACCAUGGAAAAUGUGAGGGCGACGGCACAAGGGAAGGAACAGGAAAGUGCUCAUGUGACAGCGGGUAUGAAGGUGACUUAUGUGAUGAGUGCGAGGAGUUGUAUUUCGAGGAGCAAGAUGAAAAUUCUAAGCCUAAAUGCACUGCGUGCCACGAGUCUUGUGCAGACAGUUGCUCUGGCGGCUCACCCAAAGACUGUGAGAAAUGCAAAGGAGGCUGGGAUAUGACAGACGAAGAUGGAUGUAAAGAUAAAAAUGAAUGUGAUGAAGAAGAUAUCUGUGGAGAGGGACAGUAUUGUAUGAAUAAUCCAGGAUCUUUUGUUUGUAAAGGCUGCGAUGAUUCUUGUGAAGGCAACUGCACUGGGGAGGGUCCAAAGGGAUGUCUUGAAUGUGCCAGCGGUUAUGUUAAGAAUGACGAAGAAGAAUGUAAAGAUGUGGACGAAUGUUCCGAGAAUUCAACCAUCUGUACCAGCGGAAAAUUUUGUGACAAUACCCCUGGAUCAUUUGUUUGUCGUUCCUGUCACUCUGCUUGUGAGACUUGUAUUGGAGAGGGAUCUCGAGGUUGUACAAAAUGCAACGCUGGGUAUCAGAUGACCGAGAAUGAAUGUAAAGAUAAGGACGAAUGUUCCUCAGACGAACACAGCUGCGACCGAGAAUCAGAAAAAUGCCGAAAUAUGCCGGGUAGUUUCACCUGCGAUUGUCAGAAAGGCUUCAAACGUGAUGGGGACAAAUGUGUGAAAAAGAAAGGUAAAAAAAAGACGGAUAAAGGCAAAAAGACAGUGGAAGAAGAGCUUGCAGAUGUGCUAAAAAAGGGCGACUACUUCAGCGAAAUGCAAAUGAAAUUUGGUUCCGUCUUAUUCGCAUUAUUUUUCGCUUGUGCAGUUGCCGCUGUCAUGAAACGCAGCUUGCUUGCUAUAGUUGUUAUGACUGUUGUGUAUGCUUUCAUUUGGUGGUACUUCAGAACGUGACAGUUGUGGACACCUGAGGUAGAAGAAAGAUUCUGCGUGAUAGAUGUAGGUCUGAUAGUGGAGAUGAAAUGCAAGAUCUGCAUAAUUAGACCAAUUCACUUUUUGAAGCUUUUUGGCCUGAACACUUAUUUUAGUGGUAUCCCCCGAGAGAGUUUUUUCGAACAAGAUAGACCCCCGUGUUUUUUCUUACCUCCGAGGUCGAACCACGUGUUGCUGUAAAACCAAAGCCUUCGUAGAGUCAAUUCGUGCGUUAUACAUGUUCUAUUAAUUGAUUGAGAUACCUGACUGGAGGUAUCAAUUCUUCUGAUAUCAUAUAAAUUUUUUUUCAAUCUUGAUAAAAAUUCUAAAAAAAAAAUACAGAGAGAGUUAAGUUCAGGGAGAUCAGGAGGUUGUCCAUUUUUAACAUCUUAAAAGAUGUUAAUGUAGCCUGAAUCGUAUAAAGUUUAAUAUAUCAAUACAUCUAUCGAAUCAGAGGGCCGUUGUUUGUAAUUGUUGGUUGAGCCGGGUUGGGAACUUUGCGAUCCUAAACAAGCUUGGCUCUUUAGAGACAUUUUGCACCACGAAAAGAUUUUAAAAAUAUAAAUGAAGAGCUCCUUUUAUUUCAGCCGAAAGGCAGUUUAUCUACCUACCUUAAUUUAGCUUAAGUUUUACAGAAAACAAUUGAUAAUUUAGCUCGUUUAUAAACUUUGACAAUUUAGAGUAACAUUUUGCCUAUAUUAAUACUUUCAAAAAACCCCAUUAUUAAGGAUGAAAUGUAGUUGCAGGAGUUUUGUGUGUCUCUUGCGUGACAACAUAGUAGUGUCACGUAAUUCGAGUUACACUGUGCUAAUGACGUAACUUACUCUUAAAUGCUUUUAUCUAGAAAUUCACUUGUGUGGUGUCACUUUUGCUGUUGUUGCUUCUCUUUCUAUCGGGUUUCCUCUACCAUCCCUCUUUCAAGAGGAGGAAGAACUCCAAGUGUUUUUUUUUUCAUAAACAAUGUCAACUCGUUUCUCUAAAGGUCGUGAAGAGUGUUCGUUCUGCCUGGUUGUAGCUUUAUGGCGUACGUGUGCUUGUUUUUUCUUUGUUUGCUAAUGUUAUGUGUGUUUAUUUGGGUUACUUCGUUUUGUUUAUUUUGUUUUGUUUUGUUUUGUUUUUCUGUUGUUACUGUAGCAGUUGUGAAGCAUGAAGAGGAGCAGGAGGAAGAUGAUGACGAGGACGAUGAAAAAGAAAAGGAUAAUAGCAAAAGUGACUCCAGCGAGAAGGAGGAAUUAUGACACAAUUCUUUUGUAAAAUUGUAA